AGCGAAAGGUGUCAGCGGCGAAGCCGGAUGCGGGCGUAGCCGCGGCCGCCGGGGCCCUAGGGAUGGGCGGAGCCCCGGCCGUUAGAGCUGGUGGCCGCCGCCGCGGCCCGAUUUGGAGACCGGGCCGCCUCUGUGUUCCCGCGGGUCGCUGCUUCCCAGGGCGGCGGUAAUGCUGGGGAAAGGGGUGGUCGGCGGUGGCGGCGGCACCAAGGCGCCCAAGCCCUCCUUCGUGUCUUAUGUGCGCCCUGAGGAAAUUCACACAGAUGAAAAGGAAGUAACUGAGAAGGAAGUCACCCUUCACUUGUUGCCAGGUGAACAGCUGCUUUGUGAAGCCAGCACAGUCCUGAAAUAUGUACAGGAAGAUUGCUGUCAGCGUGGCGUCUAUGGGAGGCUCGUCUGCACAGACUUUAAAAUUGCCUUCCUGAGCGAUGGUGAAUCUGGAUUGGAUAAUGGUGAAACUCAGUUUAAGAAUAAGGUUAUAGGAGAAAAUGACAUUACCCUCCACUGUGUUGAUCAGAUUUAUGGAGUGUUUGAUGAGAAAAAAAAAACUCUUUUUGGACAACUGAAGAAAUACCCUGAGAAACUCAUCAUCCACUGCAAAGACCUCCGCGUGUUCCACUUUUGUCUGAGGUACACAAAAGAAGAGGAAGUCAAAAGGAUUGUCAGUGGGAUAAUUCAUCAUACCCAGGCUCCUAAACUACUUAAAAGAUUAUUUCUGUUUUCCUAUGCAACUGCUGCACCGAACAACACAGCUCCUGAUCCCGAGGACCAUACAGUAAUGUUUGACACACUUAAGGACUGGUGCUGGGAACUGGAGCGGACCAAAGGCAAUGUGAAGUACAAAGCAGUGAGUGUCAAUGAAGGCUACAGAAUCUGUGAGAGGUUGCCAGCAUUUUUCGUCGUCCCCACACCUCUUAUGGAGGAGGAUGUACUGCGCUUUCAGGGUCAUGGCAUACCAAUAUGGUGUUGGUCCUGCCACAAUGGAAGUGCUCUUUUGAAAAUGUCAGCACUGCCCAAAGAACAGGAUGAUGGCAUUUUACAGAUGCAGAAGAGCUUCUUGGAUGGAAUUUACAAGACCAUCCACAGGCCACCUUAUGAAAUUGUUAGAACCGAAGACUUGUCAAGCAACUUCCUAUCCCUGCAGGAAAUCCAGACUGCAUACUGUAAAUUUAAACAGCUGUUUCUGAUAGAUAACAGCACUGAAUUUUGGGACACAGAUAUAAAAUGGUUUUCUCUCUUGGAAAGUAGCAGCUGGCUUGACAUAAUCAGACGUUGCCUGAAAAAAGCAAUAGAGAUCACAGAAUGCAUGGAAGCACAAAAUAUGAACAUUCUUCUUUUAGAGGAGAAUGCCUCUGACCUCUGCUGCCUCCUCUCUUCUCUGGUGCAAGUGAUGAUGGACCCGCACUGUCGAACCCGAACUGGCUUCCAGAGCCUCAUUCAAAAGGAGUGGGUUAUGGGUGGCCACUGUUUCUUGGAUCGCUGCAACCAUCUCCGCCAGAGUGACAAAGAGGAGGUUCCUGUGUUCCUGCUUUUCUUAGAUUGUGUCUGGCAGCUCGUGCACCAGCACCCCCCAGCAUUUGAGUUCACCGAGACUUACCUGACUGUUUUGUCAGAUAGCCUGUAUAUACCUAUUUUCAGUACCUUCUUCUUCAACUCACCUCAUCAAAAAGAUACUAACAUGGGUAGGGAAAGCCUGUAUACACAAAGCAAGCCUUUGAAUCUGCUCACCGUGUGGGAUUGGUCUGUACAGUUUGAACCCAAAGCUCAAACUCUGCUCAAAAACCCUCUCUAUGUGGAAAAGCCAAAACUGGACAAAGGCCAGCGGAAAGGAAUGCGUUUCAAACAUCAACGACAACUUUCUUUGCCACUCACCCAAUCUAAGUCAUCUCCCAAAAGAGGAUUUUUCAGGGAGGAAACAGAUCAUUUAAUUAAAAACCUUCUGGGCAAGAGAAUUAGCAAACUCAUUAACUCCUCGGAUGAGCUGCAGGACAACCUCCGGGAGUUCUAUGACAGCUGGCACAGCAGGCCUACUGACUACCACGGCUUGUUGCUGCCUCAUAUAGAGGGGCCAGAAAUCAAAGUUUGGGCACAGCGCUACUUGCGUUGGAUUCCAGAAGCCCAAAUCGUGGGUGGUGGCAGAGUGGCCACCAUGAGCAAACUCCUUGAAAUGAUGGAGGAAGUCCAGCGCUUACAAGAGAAAGUUGAUGAGCGGCACCACAGCCCAGCGCCCCACCAGGCCGAGGCGCCCUCCCUGCUGAGGAACUCUGUCCGCCUGUCCUCCCUCUUUCCUUUUGCUUUGCUCCAGCGACACUCGUCCAAGCCUGUGUUGCCCACCAGUGGCUGGAAAACUUUGGGAGAUGAGGAAGAUCUGGCCAAACGUGAAGACGAGUUUGUGGACCUAGGGGACUUGUGACUUGUAUGUUUGGUGACUGUGGUGAGGCAUGUGGGAAGUUGGGACCACUGAUCUCUGAUCUUGCUAAUGCUGGGAGGGUCAUAGCCCAUCCUCUGUUGGAUAACACUUAGGCCUUGAAGAAAAGACUGCCUCUCAAUUUUUUCAUGGUUCUGAAAGACUAUGCAAUUAAAACCGUAUCUCAAGUAUUAUUAAUUAGAAGGAAUUCCUACUUGUCCCAGCAUAGGAUUGUGGCUGUUUUCUGAUGCCUAAGUAUUAGAGAGAACCCCCAGGGGCCAGUUUACUACUAGAAAGAGUUUCAGUUUGAUAUUGCUUAAAGUCACUUCUUUCUUCUAGUUCUUUUUUUUUGUACCGGGAAUCAAACUCACGACCUCGCACUUGCCAGGCAGGUGCUAUGCCGCUGAGCUAUAUCCCCAGUCCCUUCUGGUCCUUUCCGUGCCUAGAUAACUCAUCCCACCAUUGGGAAUAGUGAGUUGAUAGCCCGUCUCAGGAGCAAGGUCAACCUUAUGAGGUGUUUGUGCGCGUUCAGAGACUGAGACAGAGGUACUAAGAUGGAUGGGCUUUACUUAAACCAUAGCGUCUUUCCUCUCUUGCUCCCCUUGUCUGCGGAAAAGUUAGAAAGUUCCACUGUUGGCUCACAUCCUAACACUCAGCCCUCCUCCCUCCUUCCUGGACUAUGUCUCAUGCCACGUGUCUAGUGCUGGGCCAGCCGCCACCCCCUCCUCCCUGUGCUGCCAGCUGCGGGUCUUUCCUCAGCACCGUCCCUCUGUGCUGCCUGCCUUGGCGCACACAGUCCCAGUGUCUUGCUGCUGAACCUGGGGGAUCUCUUGGUUCGCCCAGAGGAGCUUCCCGGCCUCUGGAGUUUGCCAGUGUUUGAACACCUUGACCCGUGAGCACGCUCAUGCAGUGUGGAUCCUCAGCUGCGCCCCAGCUGCCUGCCUGCCUUGCCUGCUCUGGUCCUGCACAGUCUGCUGGGGUCAGCCUCUUGUGAAUAUGAAUGCAGCAUGCAGGAAAGCAGCUAAUCAGCAAUGCCAGAAGGAUGAUUCUCACAGGAUACCUCAGUGAUUUAAGAAGCCAUAGAAAAAACUCAAUGAUGCCUGGUCAUCUCCUUGGAUCUGCUGUCUAAAGUCAUAUGUAUUUUUUUAAUGUAGGAAAAUACACUUUGUAAGGAAUAGUUCUUCAUUCUCAGUAGAACUCUUGUCAAAUCCCACAAAAGAAAGGGAAAAAACCCUUAGAGUCUUUCAGAUUGAAUGUUUGCCUUUUAUAAACGUUUGCUCUUCAAAAUAGAUCCCUGUUUGAAUGUUAGAUGUUUAGAAAUACCUACUGGAGGGCAAUAGGAGAAUUUGAAGCUAUUGACAAAGGAGUUUCCAGUUUGCACUGAAUCACCUUUGUACAAUCAAUUAUUUUGCUCUUCUCCAUUCCACCUUAAUGUGCAAGCCAGGUUGGUCAGUUAAGAUAGCAGGUUGAGAGGAGGGCAGGAUUUGUGCAGCUGGGGGCCACACACACCUCAGUCUUUGUUGCCUUAAGAGUCUUAGGAGUGCGGUCAGCGUUAGACUUGGAGUAGCGGUUUUUUAAAAUACAUAGGGAAUUUAAUAUAGGGAAUGGAGUUCUGGCUACCUUCACAUAUUGGGCCUUCUUAAACUAGCACUAAUCCCUACUUCCUUUUCUGCCCCAUUUCCUCCCAAAUACACUAUAAGCUUACUAUUUUGUUAUCUUGUUAUAACAUGAAUAUUUGUAUGGUAGCCUCUUCAAUCUUAGUACUUUUCAUUCCCAAAAUGCCUGCUGUGAUACUUUACACUCCAUAAAAUAUAGUUUAAAGACACAAGGUCAUGGCCCUUACCAUAGAAGCUGAAUGUGCAUUGAAAUAUUUUUCUAUGAUUUUCUAAAAAAAAAAUUACUAUAGCAAAAUAAGCAAGCCUAUAACAUAUAAGGUCAUGAUGAUUUAUGUAUUUAUAUUUGAAAUCAGAUUUCUAUAGCUUAUAUUUGUGUACAGAAUUCUGAGUGGGUUUAUAUAUUGUGAAAUUUUUAUUCAAGAUUCAGAUGUGGAUUAUGCUUAACAGUAAAAGCUGAAAUGAGACCAUUUACUUUAAAAUGCUGCACUGUGCAAGUUUGGAAAUGUACAUGAGUAAUUUACUGUAUAUAAUACCUUGACUUUGUUUAUACCUCCAAGUUUUUACACUGAAGAUAAACUAGCUUUAAUUUCAAAUUUUUCUUUUUUUUUUUUAAGGAAUAAGCUGUUGGGCUAUAUCUGUAUAAAUGUGCUUUUUAUUUUCUGAAUGCACAAAACGUUUAUAUUCUCACUGCAACAUAUCUGAUUGCAGAAAUUAAAGCACAAUUUACAUCCAA